GACGUCAUUCUGCGCGACCGGAGAGUGUCGAAUGCAAAAUGGUGUCGGCAAUAAAGAAAUAUAAUGUGUGAUCUCGUGUAGUGUGCAGUGCUCAGUGUUUUUUUUCCCCCCCUCUAUUGUUAUUAUAAUUGUUUACAAUUUUAAUAAAUAAAAAUGCGGUUAACAAUAAUGGAGACUGCCAUAAGUUCAAUGUUACGUAUUGCACUAAUUGAUCCAAAUUAGAAAAAAAAAAAAAAAAAAAACAACAGUUUUAAAAGAGCUGUGUAAUCCAUUUAGAAAAAAAAAUGGGUCGCAGUCGGAAGUACGGCAACGAUACGAUAGACGUAUUAAAUAAAGGAUGUCUCGAUUUCUACGAUACAAUGGCAUGUGGCCGAAUCAGCAUUUUGGUUUUCAUCAGUGCAAUCACAUUUCUUCUGAUUUUGCUAAAGCUCAUAAAAUAUCACAGAUACAGACAUUUACAAAUGCAUCAUUAUGCAAUAUUUUAUGUCUCUGCCAUUCAAUACAUCCUCUGUGGAUCGAGUUUUCUAUUGGGCGUUCGUUAUCCACAGUUGGAUUUUAUAACAAAUUUUUUCAAGCUCUUUCAAUUUAUUUUAAUUUGCCAUCUACAUUGGUCAUUGGCAGCCAGAUCUCGUCACAGAGAUGACAUUGUUCAACAUGUGAUUAAUCCUGUUUUAUGUCUCUAUACACUUUAUUGUACUACUGUAGUACUUAUGGGAAUGGUGGAUAUUAAUGGAACCUGGACCGAAUGUUUCCGGCCUUAUUGGUUAAUGCUAUCGAGUGCUGAUUUCAUAGCUGUGCAAUUGUUCGCAGUAGUUGCACUUUAUUUAACUCACAGCAGUCGUCAGACGGCAAUUUCGGCUCUAAUGUUGCCAUCCUCAUCAUCGCAGACUCGAGAUUUAUGGCUUGUUACAGCUGUUUACGAACUUUCAGCGACUGUUUCUGUCGUCUUUGAUGCCGCAAUGACUCUUUUGGAAAAAGAAGAACACGGUUGCAGUGGAAUUUACAAUCACGUACAACUUUAUUAUAGUUCGGCGACCGUUAUCGUUACGAUUCUCAAGUUUUUUGUGCCAACCUGGACCCUCCUCUGUGUUUUUCAACCCAGUCGAGUUAAAUCCAGACCCUCGGAAGUUGCUUUAACGUCUCAUUAUAAUAUGGACGGCUCGUGCUAUAAUCAAUAUCACAGGAUGUUUGCAUCACAAAAUGGUAUAUUGUCAACAUCAAUUCCCUAUCCAUCGAUACCGUAUCCAAUUGAAUCACCAAUAUUUGGAAGCUAUGGAGAUUUUUCCUACACUGAUAGUUCGCCCGAUGCAUCGCCAACAAUUACACGAUGUUGGAAUGGAAAUGAGGACGAAUCCUAUAAUGGAUAUGAAAAACAUUUUUUGAAUCACGAUCAAAAAAGAGAGGAGAAUCGCGAUAGAAUGGAGCAAGCACGACAAAAUCUUGAAAAAAGUCUUGGACUUGAUUUAGAAAAUGAUGAUACUGCAUUGCGUAAUGUAAGAAAUCUCACUACAAUUUGCGAGGAAGGUGGAAAUAAUAUCGAAAGCCAAGAAUGAAUGCUCAAUUUUUUCUAAGUCAUUUUUUUAAAAGCCAUUUAAGUUUCCUCCCCCCCCACUUUUAUCUAAGAUUUUAAUUUAAAUUCUAUUUAGAAAAUUAAUACCAAUUUUUUUUGGUUUUAGAAAAUUAGAAUUUUUUUUUAAUAUUUUAAUUUUUGUUUCAUUUACCGAUUUUUACUAAUGUAAACUGUACAUUCCCGCCCCCAACUCAAGGUUUAGACUUCGAAAAGAGAAUUCUUCGAGGAAAAAAAAAAAAAAAAAAAAACCAAGAUCUCAAAAAAGGCUGAUAUCUUCUCGCUAUAUAAUUGUGGUGGGAGCUUUCUUCGACAACCUGAGUUUAUUUCAGGUAAACUUAAAUAUAAUCACAAUGUACUCAUCGAAAAAAGAGGAAAAAAAAAACCCGACCUUUUGAAAUUACUAUUAUGCUCAUAAAAAAAAGUGUUUAAUAGUUUGAUAAUAGAUAUCAUACUUUCUAAGUUGCAUUUUUAUACUAGAUACGUACAAAAAAUAUCUAAUUAAUAGAAAAAAAAAAAAUAAAUAACUGAAAGCGAAUAUAAAUAUAUACUCGAUAUCUAAUUAGUAGAUAACCAACAUCGAUAUCAAAAUUAAGAAUACAUAAUUAACUCUAAUGGAGUAUUUGUCCGUCUCUAUAAUUAAGUUUUAUUAAUUACCUCCCGAUUCACUUAAUAAGAACAGUAUAACUGCUCUUUAAAAUAAGAUGAAUCAUUAAUUUAAGACUUGUGUCAUAUGACAAAAGUUUUGCUUUAUUUUAGCGUACAGUUCGAGAAUACUUUGUAAAAAAAAAAAAAAAAAAACAA